AUGACGUCUGACGUAUCAGUUGAAGAAGAUUCUGAUUCAUCUUAUAGGCCUUAUAAAAAUAAUUAUAAAUCAAGUGAAUCCCAAUCUUCUGAUAAAACGUAUAAUUAUAUACUACCAGAGUCACCAGCUGAACUUAAAUCGGAUCAAUCAAUUGUCAACGAUGAAUCUUUAUCCGAACAUGAACAACCAUGUAGUCAAAUUAAAGCUACAAUGUCUUCACAGCAAGGUGAAAAGAAAGUAAUUAAGAAGAAAAACUAUAAUAUCUUAGCAACUGUAGAAGUUUCAAAAAAAUCUGGACUUCCUGGUAAACGGUUGUGGGACAAAAAAGAUUUGUGUAUUUUCUGUGAGGAGCAAGUGACAAACUUAACACGUCAUAUGCAAAGAAAACAUAGAGAGGAAAUCGAAGUAAUACAAUUUUUAUCUCUUAAAAAAGGAUCAAAUGAAAGAAAAAAGUUGAUCGACCAAUUGCGCAAACGUGGUAAUUUUUUCAAUAAUAUCAGUGAUAUGCCAAAGAUGAAACCCGUCCGUAGACCAAAUAAAUUUGAUGAACAGCCCCAAGCUACUGAUUAUUUACCAUGCCCGUUUUGUUACGGUCUAUACAAGAAGAAAUAUUUGCGUCGACAUACCACAGUUUGUUCUUUAAAAAAAAAAACAGCGCAGAAGGAAAGUUCAAGCUGA